AUGAAGACGGCUUUCUUUAGCUCUGUGCUUUUACUUUCUGCUCCAUUUUUUGCUAUAGUAGAGGCUGUUCAGCUUAAGAGUCUCACAACCAGUAACUUACUUUCUAAGACUCAAACUGGUACUGAAUCUCUUGCUAUUCACCCAAGCGUAUAAAAUUACUAUGACCCAUAGACUCACUAAUAGAUCUUAAAUGGUCUUCUACACCAAGGUAGGGAUAGUGAGAAUGGUUCAACUCUAGGCCUAUCAUAAACAAAUACUGCAUUCAAUCUUAAAGGUUUCAUUAACAAUAACAUAGACAAAAUCAAACAAUAGGUUACAGAUCAAGUUAAGACUACUAUAAGUGAUGUAGUUGAUUAAGGAAAAGAUGCUUUGACUUAGAACAUUCAAAAUAUUAAAGACUAAGGAUAGGAUCUCCUUUAAUCUGAAAUACAGAACACCUAGAAUAAACUUCUUAAAGACACUAAGAUUGGAUAAGAAGUUUCUACCCUUAUUUCUGCAGCUAAUGCAGUUGAUGAAGUAGAAGAUGGUGAUGAAGAUGAAGAUGAAGAAGAGGAAGAGGAAGAGGGAAAAGUAGUACAAUAGGAGAAGCCCAAAAAGAAAAAGAAGAAGUCGAGGAAAUCCAAAAAUAAUAAAAAGAAGUCAAAGAAAUCUAAAACGGAUAAGAAAAAGAAGAAGAAGGAAGUGGUUGUAGAUUAAGACGAGGAUGAAGAUGAAGAUGAUGAAGAUGAGGAAGAGGAAGAGGAUGAAUGA